CUAUUGGUCGGGUCCACAAUGAAUAAGCACAUUUGUCAUAACCGGUAUCAAAAUAUCACUGUGUCACUGUGACCAAGCGGACGUGAACGCUGCGGCGGAUUUAUUUCUUUCCUAAAAUAAUUUAAAACGACAACGAACGCAUUCCUUGUGUGAAUGUUUAAAGCGAUAAUGGAAAUGUGAGCAAAAAUAACACUGGAGUAUUGUUUUUUUCGAGUUCAAUCAGAGCGAGAAACUCGAGCUACAUUUCAGUUUGCUAACUGUAGAGUUUCGUUUUUGUUUGUAAACACACGUUUGUCUAAACUCGUAGCGAUGGCUGAUGGAAGUUCUUUCAACGUGAAGUUGUACAUUUAUGACAUGUCAAAAGGACUGGCCCGUCAGCUGAGUCCAAUGAUGUUAGGAAAGCAAGUUGAGGGAAUAUGGCACACAUCUAUAGUGGUUUACGGGGAAGAGUUUUUCUUUGGAGGAGGAGGCAUUAUGAGCUGCUUUCCGGGUGGUACUAUUCUAGGUAUGUCUGAUUCCACAGUGGACCUUGGAAACACAGAAGUUCCCCGGGACCUUUUUCAGGAAUAUCUGUCUUCGCUCAGGGAGUCUACUUACAGACCUGAAAAAUACCACCUCUUUGAACACAACUGUAACACCUUUAGCGCUGAGGUUGCACAGUUUUUAACAGGGUCUAAGAUUCCCUCAUACAUCACUGACCUCCCAUCUGAGGUGCUUGCUACACCUUUUGGACAAGCGCUCCGUCCUUUUCUCGAUUCAGUCACCAUCACUCCAUCGGGGGAUAAUGGAAUGCAUGGAUAUGGCCAGUGGUAGAUCUGGCUGCAUCUAAAAAUAUAUUAUUACAGCAGUCAUGAAGCUUGUGUAUCAGACAUAUAAUAGUAAUAAUAAUAAUAAAAGUUUACUUAUGUUUCACCCAUUGUGCCUAUAUAAAAAGCAUUUAUAUAAAAGCAGGUCUUCCAGAUUUCUGCUCAGUGCCUUCAAACUCAAGUGAUGAGUUGUUUAGUCUCUUGAAAUUUCCUUCAGUGAUCUGGGCUGUAAACAAAUGGACCGGUUUGUCUGUAUAGUUGACUUUUCAUGACAGGAUUUACAGUUCCUCUGGUACAAACUACAAGUGGCAUAUAAUUACUAGUCAAGAGUUUGAAAUAAUCUUAAAAAAAAAUCCAGCCAACUUUUUAAAUAUUUUAAAUGUACCAAAGCAAGUUGUAUCAGGAUUCCCCUCAACAGUCUGUAGGUGUCUCUGUUCUACCUCAACAUCAUCUGUUUAGUCAGAUGCUUUGAGGUCAAUAGAGGAUGAGAAUUAGGUUGCUAAUUUAAAAAAAAAAAAAUGCUGUUGACCCUUUUUCUGUGUUGUAAGUUGUUAUCUAAACCUUACCUUUACUCAGAACAACAUUUAUAGCGAUCCUAAAGUGGCAUGAAUAUAUACUGAGGAGGGUUUAAGGGAUCAGUGAUGUCGCAAGAAGCGCAGUGUCCACAGAUGAAGCUAAUGAAUGUUGUGUAAAAUGUGCAGGUGUCACCAGCAAUGGACCCAAUAUGAAAGUUGUUGUAUUUUAAGUCUUUUUACUCUUGUCCAAUUGCUUCCAAUAUAGUAGGAAUGUGUCUUUGGUGACCAUUAAUAGUAAUUAUUCACCUAGCAGUAUGAAAUCCAUAACUAAGUGGUUUGGUGGUAAAUGGUCUGAACUGUGCUACUGUUGUUAAAAAAAAAAAUAUUUACAGCUUUCCUGCCUCAAAUAAACCUAAAUCAUUUAAAUGUGUUCUGUUAAAUAUCAUUGUAUCUCAGCUCUAAAUAAAUAAAGACAUUCUGAAAGUAUGAAAA